AUGGCUUCCAACCUCAACCAAGAUGAAAUCUUGUCCCAGUUCUGCGCUAUGACUGGAGUCACUCCUUCAGAAGCCCGCCCAUUCCUCGAGACAAAUCAAUGGGACCUCGAUGCUGCCGUUACCGAAUUCUUCGCUGACCAAGAAGAAGAGGAACUCCUACAAGAUACAGAAGCUAGAGGUGGCCGCCGCCUAGGAACAGACUCGAGCGAUGAGGCCGAAACCGCCCCCUCGCGUUCAUCAUCAGCGUACACCUCACAGCAAUCAAGUUCGCGACGUGCUCCGGCCAAGAAGUUUGCGACCUUAGGCGAUUUGACUUCUGGUAGUGGUCGAGACUCUGGAAAUGAAGAUGAUGAAAACCAAGACUUCUUUGCUGGCGGAGAGAAGUCUGGCCUUGCUGUACAAAACCCGGAUGACAUUAAGCAAAAGAUUCUAGAAAAGGCUAUGCGAGCCAAGCCUCCCCAACACGAUGUCUCGGAGACUCGCAAAUCACAUUUCACUGGAGCCGCUCGCACCCUCGGAGGAGACGAUGCCCCAAGCCAGUUGAUCCAGGAUCCGAAUGAGAAUCGCCCUACACCACCACCUAGAGUACAUCGCACGCUACAUUUCUGGAACGAUGGAUUUUCUGUCGACGAUGGCGAACUCUACCGAUCCGAUGACCCUCAGAAUGCAACAAUACUUGAAGGCAUUCGUCGAGGACGAGCUCCUUUGUCAAUCAUGAACGUGGCACCGGGCCAGGAAGUUGAUGUGGAAAUCAAGCAGCACGACGAGAAAUAUACUCGACCGAAGCCAAAGUAUAAGCCCUUCGCUGGCUCAGGACAGCGACUGGGAAGCCCUACCCCUGCUAUUCGCACAUCUCAACCCGAACCUGCCGCAGCUGCACCUACCUCAUCAGAACCAGCCAAGCCAGACGUAGACGAGUCGCAACCUGUGGUGACUUUGCAGAUUCGUCUCGGAGACGGAACGCGACUCACUUCUCGUUUCAACACAAGCCAUACUAUUGGCGAUGUUUAUUCCUUUGUGGCCGCAGCCAGCCCAUCGAGCCAGUCUCGUGCCUGGAUAUUGAUGACUACAUUUCCUAGCAAGGAGUUGACAGAUAAGGCUGCUGUUUUGGGUGAAUUGCCUGAUUUCAAGCGGGGCGGUGUCGUUGUCCAGAAGUGGCAAUAG